UUUAUCACUACUGCUGGGCUGAGAAAAGUUGAAAGACCGUUGUCCCCGUAUCGCCAUUAUAAAAGGCCCAUCCAGUCAUAUCUAGGAGUCUCUUCCCCCAAGGACUACGACCACUUGGUUACCUUUUUUAUUCCCCCUCUUGGAGCCACCCGCAUAUACUUUGAAUCCACAUUAUGGUCGACUCGUCCGUCCCUAGCUCAAACCUGAGCCAGCCAUGGAAGAAGAAUUGGCCUCAAGGCUUCCAUGAGAUUUCUGGCCUCCACAACACCGAGCGUAUGCCUUCUAACCGUGCUAGUAACGGUGGUGGUGGUGGUGGUGGUGGUGGACCCGUUCCAGGUCCCCAAGGUGGGAAGGGAGCCUCCCCAUUUGCCUGUGCAAUGGUGGAUGGCACUAAAGUGAUGAGAUUGGAUGACAAGGAGGUUUUUAGACGUGCAGUCUAAGCACACAGAUGGAGACUACUAUGUUUUACUGUGCCGGGUCAAGAUGGCUAUCCAUACUCGUGAAUCACACACAUUCUCUAAAUGUCCAAGGUCAAUAUAUCACCAAGGCUCUAAGCUCAAUGCUCU